AUGGCACCUCACGCUCAAUCUCCAGGCGUCGAGAAUGACGUCCCAGGAGUACUCGUUACCCCAAGUCUUUCGAAAAAGCCUGCAUAUAGCGUUGAUCUGUGGCAGCAGAAGGUCCGCGGCGGGUUUGCGCCCUUUCCGGUCGCCAUCGGGCGAGCUGGUGACUAUAAGCUGUAUGAUGUUGACGGCGAGAAAUACAUCGACAUGAUUUCCCAAUUCGCUGUUAUAAACUUCGGCUACAGCAACCCUAAGAUCGUGGAUGCUGCCAUCUCCUAG